AUGAAGUCUGAUGAGGCAUUGAUUUCUCCUUUAUAUCUGAGUGAAGGCCAAAAAGAGGAUAACUACACACAGAGAUUGACUGUAAAAUGUCUGGACAGUCAAGGCUUAAUGUCAGCCACACCCAUUACUGUACAGGUAAAUCCUGUGAUUGGCUGCCUGUCUAACUGUGAAGAUAAGGCUGUACCUGGACAGACCCUGCUACUACAGAGUCUCUGUGAUUCCUGUCGAUCUCAUACCUGGACUGUGUAUGGGUGUGGGACUCAGUGUGACGUGCUGAUUGGUCCUCCACAGAAUGGUUCUAAUUUUAGUAUCUCUGUUAAUGAGAGCUUUGAACAACAACAAAUCUUCUAUACAGGAACCUCUCUCAGUGGCAGGAAUAUGACAGUGCAAUAUAACCUGACUGUGAACCUACCCCCAACCCAGGGAAACUGCACCAUCACCCCCCAGUCUGGUUACUCCCUAGUGACAGCAUUCAAUGUGUCCUGUCGGGGGUUUACUGACCCAGAUCUCCCUCUGUCUUAUGUUAUCUAUCAGAGACAGUCUUCAGGUAAGGAGACAGAGCUGAUGAAGUCUGAUGAGGCAUUGAUUUCUCCUUUAUAUCUGAGUGAAGGCCCAAAAGAGGAUAACUACACACAGAGACUGGCUGUAAAAUGUAUGGACAGUCGAGGCUUAAUGUCAGCCACACCCAUUACUGUACAGAUACAACCUUUGGAGAGAAAUCCAGACGAGAGUUUGGAUGCUAUUGAUGUGAUAUCAGAGAGUGUGCUGGGAAACUCCACUUCUACAGGAAUCCUUCAUGAUCUUCUUGCUGCUGGGAAACAGUCAGGUCAUAUCCGUGGUGCACUUGUGGCAGUGCUAGUCAACUCGUCAACAGGUCCCCCAGAGAGUAUCAACAUUAAUGCCAUUACCAGUGUUCUUAACACAGCCACGGAGGUUCAGGAGGAACUGUCAGAAGAAACUCAGGUCGGGGAUGGAGACUUUUUUUAA